AUGACGUCUCCAUCCAGUCCAAUUCUUCACUCAAUCGACCUUUUAAAGACGCCAAAUACCGUGACUCAUAUCAGCUCAAAAUUACGUCGUAACUCGCUCGUGAAUGACCAUGAAGAUAUCAUGUUAUUACGGGAAAAACUCACUCGGAUUGCUGUUGGACGCCGCCAGGACGACGACGAGGAGGUUAUCGAUGAAGAAAAGGAAGAGACAGAAGAGAGAAGAAGAAUUGAAAGCAGCGGAGCUUUGGCACAUUUUAAAGUAUUUUCGUUACUGCCACUAGAGCGUCCAAACACGCCGCCGUCUUCACCACAGCCUCGUGAUGUACUGAGGAAACAAUUGAAGCUCAAGCAACCGACGACUAGGAGCAGGAAAGAGAGAGUAGAAUGUGGUGUUAAAAACGAGGAUACAGAAUUUGAUGCAAUGGUGAGUGUGGAGGAAGUGGCGAUUAUGCCUAUGGAGAACGUCGAGACAGACAAUGCAAUCUAUUCUCCACCUUUGGAAGGACACAAGCGAAGCUCGCGUGCUCGAUUUUUAAUACCAGGACAUUUGAAGUCUUUGCCGUCAAUUAAUAUCCUUAAUAAACGUCCGGAAGGAUGGAGGAAACGCAAAUGUGUUCAUGUGGCUGCUGCAGAGGAUGGACACGAGGAAGCACGGCUGAGUCUGAAGAAAACGUCGAGUCAAAUUAGUAUCUUGACGGAUUCAAAGGGUACAUUGUCACGUAGCAGUAGUGGUGGAGGCCUGUUUCAGACGUUUGCAGCUAGACAGAGACAUGAGAAAGAUCAGGAGAUGGAAAAUGUUGGGUGUACAACUCAGCCGCAGUCACCGGAGAAUGCACUUUUUGGCAACAAACACGGACAACUUUCAGCAUGCUCUUGA